UCCCUUUUCUUGUAGCCUAUACAACCCUCCUCUCUCUCUCUCUCUCUCUCUCUGAGAGAUAAAAAUUUCAAAACAGCAUCACCCACACACCAUACACAACCCUGAAAUGGAGGAAGAAAGCUAAAAAAAAGAAGAGAAAAGAACCCGUCUGAACUCUCUCUCUCUCCCUCUCUCUCAAAACUUAAAAGCUUCUAGCUACUCUCCAUUCCAAGCUCAGAGGCUCAGCCUCAUUUCCUCUCUCUCUCUCUCUCUCUCUGCCAUUUGUGUGUCAUAAGAAUGAGUAAACAGGAAUUCUUGCAGUCCCAGACUUGUGUUCUCAAAGUUAAUAUCCACUGUGAUGGAUGUAAGCAGAAAGUAAAGAAACUGUUGCAGAAAAUUGAUGGGGUGUAUACUACCAUUAUAGAUGCAGAUCAAGGGAAAGUGACAGUGUCAGGCUGUGUAGAUCCAGCCACACUCAUAAAGAAGCUUGUGAAAUCAGGGAAACAUGCAGAGCUAUGGGGAGUUCAGAGGGGUCCAAACCAUCUCAAUAUGCAGUUCAAGAACAUGCAAAUUGACAAUGGUAAGGGUGGCAAAGACAACAAAUCUCAAAAGGGUGCUCAAAAGGGUGGCCAACAACCCCAACAAAUGCAGCAGAUGAAGGGGUUAAAGGACAUGAAAAUGGCGCAAUUCAAGGAUUUGAAGGUGCCCUCCAAAGAUCAGAAAUCUGUCAAGUUCAACUUGGCUAUGGAUGAUGAUUAUGAUGAUGAAAGUGAUUUUGAUGAUUUUGAUGACUUUGACGAUGAUGAUGAUGAUGUGUUUGAUGAUGGCUAUUUUGCUGAUCACCAUCAUCUUAAUCCACCUUCCAAGAUGAUGCCCAUGUCCAUGAUGGGUAAGGGCCAUAUGCCUCAUGGGCCUCAGGGGCCUAAUGGUCCUAAUGGGAUGAUGAUGAUGAUGAAUGGGCAUCAUGCCAUGAAUGAUAAGAAGGGUGGGAAUGGGAAGAAAGGGGGUGUUAUUGAUAUACCUAUACAAAUGAAGGGCAUGGGUGGAAACAGUGAUGGGAAGAAUGGCAAUGGAGGGAAAAAAGGUGGUGGUGGUGGUGGAAAUAACAUCAAGGGAGGAGCAAACCAAAAUCAGGGUGGUGGGGCUGCUAAAAAUGGUGGCAAAAAUGGUGGGGUGUCACUCGGAGAUGCUAAAAAUGUUAACAAUGGUGGUGGAAACAAGAAGGGUGCCAAUCCUGGUGGUGGUGGUGCUGGAGGUGGAAACAGUAAUGGAAAUAUGGGCAAGAAAGGGGGAGGAAAGAAUGAUGAGAUCAAUGUCAUGAACAAGAAGCAACCUGGUUUCCAUGACAUUGAUGUUGGUCAUCCUGGCAAGGGGGGUGGAAACAUCGGCCAGAUGAGCCAUAUGGGGCAAAUGGGUCAGAUGGGGCAAAUGGGUCAGAUGGGCAAAAUGGGUCAGAUGGGCCAGAUGGGCAAAAUGGGUCAGAUGGGCCAAAUGGGUCAGAUGAGCCAGAUGGGUCAGAUGGGUCAGAUGGGUAAUUACCCAAUGGGCCAAAUGAGGAAUAUUCCGGCGGUGCAGGGUCUACCUGCACCCUCGGCGAUGAACCAAGGAUACUACCAAGGGAUGGGGCCAGGGAACCCCUACAGCCAGCAUCAGCAUCAGUACAUGGCCAUGAUGAAUCAGCAGCGGGCGAACCCAAACGAAAUGUUCCAACCUAUGAUGUACGCACGGCCACAGCCGGCGAUCAACUAUGGGCCGCACCCGGCGGUGAUGCAGCAGUAUCCGGUGUCUGAUCCUUACACUCACUUCUUUAGUGAUGAGAACACUAGUAGUUGCAGCAUCAUGUGAAUGUGGCAUAUUACUCAUAUAAGCUUUAAUGUUUUGUUGGGUUUGUGGAAGGUUGAUGAGAAAUAUCAAAUGUGCCCUAUAUGUUAUAACUUUGGAAAUGGGUUAUUUUUUGUACCAUUAAUUUACUCUUCCCUUAUAUUGUUUUCUUGACAAUCAAGUCACUACUAGGGUUUUGAUUCA